GGCGUGCUCAUGAUUUGGGAGUCGGUCUGGACAGUGGCCUUUACGGUACUUAUCAGGGCUAACCAACCUCACGCCAUUCCAGUCGUCUGAGGACGAUUGUGUUCAAGAGAGAGAAGACCGAGGAAAGCAGGCCCGAAGCCAAGUGAGCUUGGGCAAGCGUCCGUCGCACGGGCUUCCUGGCCACGCGUGCGUGUCGAAUCACGAAAAUAUCCAAAUCAGGACUGUGUGCCAUCGACCAUUGUUAGCGAAUUGACGACGAUGGCGUCGCUCUGGAUCAUCAACAAGGCUGGCGGUCUCGUCUACCAGGCGGACCACUUUGCAGGCGCCCAGCGUCUCACGUCCAACGAGGCCCUCAUCCUGGCCGGCACCCUGCACGGCAUCCACGCCAUCACUGCUCGCAUCGAUCCCACGCCCGGCCCCAAGCGUCGAGGCGAGGUUGCCGGCCUGCAGACGCUCGAAGCCGACCACUUUCGCCUCUCGGUGCUGCUGACGGCUACGGGGCUUAAAUUCGUCUUCAUCUCCGUGCCUUGGCAUCCCAACCCGCAGGCGGCGCUGCAAAGAGCGUACGAGGCCUACGCCGACCAGGUCAUGAAGAACCCCUUUUACACGCCAGAGAUGCCCAUCCGCGUUCAAGGAUUUGACGAAGCCGUCGAAAAGAUCGUCAAGGGCUGACCAGACACUCUUCUGCCUCUCUUUUCCCUGCAUGUAUUAUAUACCAACAAGUACUACUGCUACUCUAUACAAUGACGACCCAUGUAUGUGACAAAAAG